UUUGUGGUGUUUCAAAUAGAGUUAUAUGGUUAUAGAAUAUGUUGCUUCGCAAAUGACAUGAAUAUUCAAAUUUCGAAGUUUUCAUUGACUUGCAAAAACAAAAAUCAUCAAUUUUCACCGCUAUUAUCGUGGUAGACUUUUAGAAUAUCAAAUGUGAUGACAUUCCGGACACAAAAAAUUUCAAGCAGUUUUUGUUGCAAUGUUAUUUAUGUUUAAACAUUUUCUGAAUAGAUUGACUGGACUAACUGGUACACGCAUAUAAAAAAAUAUGGAAGCCAAAUAUUGCGAACCGUGUACAGCACGUGGUUUAACUCCUAUAGCAUUCCAAUAUUGUAUCGAAUGUGAAGAAACGCUGUGUUCUGAGUGUACAGAGGCCCACAAAGUUCAAAAAAUUUCUCGAAGUCACCAUUUGGUAGAGAUAAGUAAAAUACCGAAAAUGAUUAAUCUAUCCUAUGAUUGUUCAAAGCAUCAACAUUUACCUUUUGACUAUUUUGUGCUGAUCAUGAUGUACUAUGUUGUAAGGAAUGUUGGCCCAAAAAUCACAGAGCAUGCAAGAACGUCACAUCCAUUGACCUUGCAUCAAAGAAUUCUAAACAGUCGCAAUCGUUCAUUGAUUCUGAGGAACAGCUGAGCUUUGUUUUAGAAGCUUUAGAAAUUUUAAAUAACAAUUGCAGGGAAAACGAGAGUCGAAUAGAACAACAAGAUACAAAAAUUCGGAUACAAAUAGCAAAAAUGAAAGAAUAUAUCAUCAAACAAUUGGAAUCCUUAGAGGAAUCGCUUCUCAAGCAUCUAACCGAAAUGAAAAACAAACACGUAACCAGGUUGAAACGACAGGAAAAAGAUAUAGGUGACUUGGUAACAUCUUCAAAAGCUGAAAAGGAUGCAUUAGAAUUUGUAAGAGAUCAUUGUUCGGAAAAACAAGCGUUUGUUUCAAUUCAGUCAUCCAAAGCAGUCUUAGAUGAAAUUGAAAACAAAGUUAAGCAGCUAUCCGAAUCGUUUACAGACACAAGUCUUACAUUCGUCGAAAGCAUCUCAAAAGAAAAAAAUAACAGAUCUCGGAUCAAUAGAAUUAAAGGAAACACCUUGUUCUAUUCCAUUUGUCCCAUACAAGCAGCGCCAGUCACAGGUUCCAGUAGUUCCAACGCGCCAGAUGUCCUCUUUCACCCAUCUCUACGACAUCGAUAUGAAAGGUGAAGGUUUGAAAGCAGUAACUGGCAUCACGAUAUCAGACAAUAACACAUUAAUUUUCUGUGGUGUAAAUACGAAGAAGGUAUAUUUUUGUGAUGCAAACGAUUCCUACCAAUCAGCUAUCAGCUGUCCAUAUGCACCAUGGGAUAUAGUAGCAAUACCAGGAACAACAACUGCUGUUAUGUCUAGUAGAUUUGAACCGUUCAUACAGUUCUUAGAUACCGAAAGGCGUAAAAUAUUUAAAAGGUUAGAAGUGAAAACGAGCGAAAGUGUGGGUAUUUCUGCAUCAAAAGAUGACAUAUUCGUAGCACUCGAAGGACAGAUACAGGUCCUAGACUUGAAUGGAAAUUCUAAAAGAACAUUUAAUCUAAAACAAGAUCAGAUCAGGAUUUUGUACAUUUUCGUUUGCUCAAAUGGGAACAUUUGUUAUUCAUCCCGCAGUAACGUUUAUUGCAUUACAUCGGAUGGGUGUCCUGUUUUUUCCUAUGUUUCUUCCAAUGUUCGUUAUCCACGAAAUACGAUAACAGAUAAUGCUGGUAAUAUAUACGUCUUGGACUGCGAUUCAAAUAACAUUCAUAAACUUACAUCUACUGGAACUUUAAUAGAUAUUUUAUUGAACGAAAGUUUGUCCAGUCCUUUUGCGUUUUGUUUCAGUAAGGACUCAUCUAAAGUUUACAUUGCAAAUAAAUGCGGGCACACGAUGUCAGUAUUCAAGACACAUUGGUAACUUUUUGAGUUAGUUUUGAACCUGUUUUUUUUUUCGUGUGUAAAUAAAAUGCAUAGAUUGCAAUGCACUUCUAAGGAAGGUCCUCCAUUGGAUUUUGUUACAUUAAAAUAAAUACACAUAAAGCAUAUACUAUUUGACCCUAUGGUAGAAAUAAAAUGAGACAGUAGUGCAAUAAAUUAAAUUUUUUGCCGAUAUUCCA